GAUUUCAUUUCGGGGGGGGGGGUUGAACCCCAAAACCCCCCAUGGGUUCGCCCAUGUAUCAUAUUAUUAGGUUGAGUUCAGAUUCUUAUAAAUGUAACCACAUGAAGCUGUUUCGGUUUCAUUCAAUCGGAGUCGGAUUUAAAGGAGUGUCGGUGUAGCUACAGCCCCGUGACUCCACAAGAAAUGGCCAUCCACAAAAGAGAUAACAAGAAAAUAUAUAUAUAUAUAAUUCUCUUCUUGGCUCAAGAGUUUGGACGAGAAGAAGAAGAAGUAAAGGAAAGAUCUUUUUUUUUAUUUCUGUGGAUGGAGUUAUCCCACGAAAAAACAAGAGGCAAUAUUCACCCGUCGCUACGGAUGGCUGCCUGGUCGUGCGGUUUGUGCGCUGGACUGUCAAACCCUGCCCACUCCCACCCCCCCCCCUUCGUCCUACGGGAGGUUUGAAUUAACAAGUAAACUAUCUUCAACUCUGAAGGAACAUUCUAAACGUAAAACAUUUUUACAAACAAACUGUGGGGCCCUAUGCGAAACAGAUUUUGGGUAGGGAAGCGGACAAUAAGUGAAAUUUAAUAGUUUGUAUUAGAAAAUAAAUUCGUCUAUGCAUUUUAUUCAUUCUUUGCUACGUACAAAAUUACUUUACGAGCCAUGCGUGUAGCAAAGUCAUACAGUAUAUUAUGAUAAUUCUGUUUCCUACAUAGAUCACGCUCAAUAGCAAGAAUUACUAAAUGUUUUAAUCUUUCUUUGAGAAUUGUUGACCUCAAGUAAUUCUUCAUUAGUUUGAGGCACGAGAAGCUUCUUUCGCCAGAUUACAUAAUUACGGCUAAUGCAUAAUGCCGUUUUUAUUUAAAGCGCGCAGGAUUGGCGUUCUCCAUAUUGAAUGAUACACCAAAAUGGCAAUUUUUGUCUAUAUAUUUCCGUAUAUUUUAAGGGCUUUUUCGUAUAUUUUGUAAUUUCAGGAGAUUUCCAGGAGCUCCUGGUAAAUCGACAGGAGGGCGCGGAAAAUUUGUUUUAAGUUAUAAAAUGGUUUAAUUUAAUUAUUUAUACACCUAGAAUUAGCUCGGGUUCUAUGAAAGUGCGGAUCCUAUGAAAGUGCGGGGCCCAAUGCGGUCGCUAAGGUCGCAGUGGCCUAAGACAGGCCUUGCAAAAUAGAGGCGUAUGCUACGCCGCCGGUCGACUAGUAUAGAUAUAAAAUCACUAACUUCAGGCGACUUUAGCCGCAGAUAAGAUAUGAAUCAACUCUUAUAAAUGAGAUAAAAAUCCUGGGAAGUACUUCAGGUAGUGAAGGUCCGAACGAUGUCCUCCACCCAGCAGUUCCCACUUAUUCAUUCAGCUGAUAGUGCAAACUUUGAUAUCAAUAGUGUUUCAGGCUCUAAAGGGACGUAGCACGGUGUGCUAAAAGCUGCCUAGGGGCCACCAUUCCCUCAUUUCACCUCACGGUUGAGUCGCGAAGCUUUUUCUGUGCUUACAUAUAGCCGCUAGGAUAGGAUUCAGAGUUUUCCUUUUAGGUGGUCAGCCAUUUAAGGUUAACGAUCCCAUCCUGCCCAAAGCUUGAUGGUUUGGUUGCAAGCUGCUCACUUUUACUCUUUCUCGUAUCAGUAACACUAGAUCGUCAUUGCCCCAAUAUGCGUUGAAUGCAUUUACAAGCAUUUUAUAGGUUCUAGAAUGCUAACAUUUAUUAACACAUCUGGUACAACUGAUACUAAAAAAAUACUUAACGCAAGUGUAAAUAAGUUAACAAGAAAGCUUCUUUAAAAAUAUAACAUUUUAUUAGCGCUCAACCGCAUCUUUUUUUUAAAUGUUUAGACAUCAUAGAAUGGCACACAACUUCUCAAACUAAUUUUGAUGUUAAAAUUCAUUAGUUUCAAGUGAGACUUAUGAGUUUGGAAUAACAUACAGAAAAAAAAAGAUGAGAAUCUAUACUGAGAAGUGUUUUAAGCACAAAGGAUUCUAGUUAUCUUCUAGUUCCCUUGUAUCAAGGAUACACUGUUGGGUUCUGAAAAGCUGAAGUGGAGAUAGGUCACGUGAUAAAGAUAUAUAAUCAUUCUAACGUAUGGCCUAAUUUAAGUAAUACAAAUAGAAUAUUCUCAAAGCCAGAAUUAUGAUAAUUUUUGUUUCUUUCUAUAGUUGUUGAUUAGACAAAUGUAGAGCUUAGUGCUCUCCCCUACCCCUUCCCCCCCUCUCUCUCUCUCUCUCUCUCUGAGUAUUUGGCGGAACACUUUGCUUAUUUUUUUAGAGAGAUCAAUUCACGUGGUGGCCUAAUAGUUAAUUAUUCCAGUAGUUCGUGGAACACAUAUUCAGGCCUCGCGGAACAAUAGGAACAGUUUGGGAAGCCCUUGGCCUGUAUUAGGACUAGCUGACAAUUGCAUUUCCCCCUCUAUGUAUAAACUUUAAAAUUCAUCUAAAAGUUUAAAACAAAAACUAAAUAAGAAAGAGCGUUUAAAUAAAGUUAAAGAUAAAUAAUGAACAAGACCGUGCUUGUCUCAAUGGCCUGUUUGAUCAUAUUAUUUUUUUUAAAGCGUUUUUUUUUUCUUAGAAAUCAUAAUUUUUUGAUGGUGAUAAAAAAUAAGACCAUGUUUCUCUAGAUAUUUUGUUAUCAGUUCUAUAAGAUGAAGGUUAUUUGUGUGGAUAUGUUUUUUCGGGACAUUUUUUCGUUUAUUUACUAUAAAUGUUAAUUUAUAAUGUGGCCUCCGAAAGGAAAAAAGACGCUAUUAGUUUUUUGUGGCCUGUCUGUCCGUUCCUCCCGUUUAGAUCUCAGAAACUAUAAGAGAAAAUGAAAAUCGGACAUCAUGAUAUUUUAGAUCAUUCAAAGUUCUGAUGCAACGGCUACUUUUUUUCUUUUCCGAAAGUGAACCAUCUAAUUUUUAAAAUUAUAUAUGCAAGCAGAUUUUUCAAAAAAUUACACCACUUUUCAAUGAAAAUUUCAGGGGAGCGUGUCAGGACUGUCUAACAAUGAAUGGAUUUAGACUAGUUUGUUACAUCACAUUGAUUUGUUCGUGGAUGAUGGUAAGUCUAUGUACGACUAGUGCUAGUGCUAUGCCCUCACCAUGCAGCUUAACGUUUUGGAACAAAUCAACGAGCUUGGGAAGUGUUUCCCUUGGUGGAUUAGAUCGAAGAGAUUACGUGGAGUAUUACGUCACCUACAUCAACGCUUUCAGGGAUGACGUCAUUUUCGAGGAGUCCAACACGACACGGUUUCAACCAAUGCGAUGGUUUAAUGUACAGAGCAAUGUGAAGAGUCUUUUGCAGAUUACGUAUAUCUAUUUAUUCAACAUUUUUAAAAGCGUCUUCCACAUACACACUGAACAUGUUGAGAUCAACGUCACACCACAAGACUGUAUAUACACCAUUGACUUUGAAAUACUGGAAGAGUUAACAAGGAAUCUUUUUCUUGAUGUUUCAGGAAAACUCACUAACCCUCAUAUUUGUUCUGCUCAUAUAGACAAUAACGAUGGGGAAGGAAGGAUAACAUUUAAGUGCUGCGAAGGUGACUCAUUAACCGGAAGAAAGUGUCAGGUGGUCAAUGAAACAUUUGUAUGGGAACUCGGUCUCCACAUUAUUUCAAUCUUAGCUUCAAGCCUCAUCCUGCUAUAUGUUUACUUUGGCGUUUAUUCCAGAUCUUCUAUUAGGACUGAGGAGUUUACCUUUCAUCCUAACAGCGUUAGAAAUAUUUCUAUAAAAAGAUCCGAUGAGUUCAAAUCACCGAAAGAUGAGGGAAAUGUACAUGACCAAACUAGUAAUAUAGAAAUAAUAAAAGAGGCAGAUGAAAUUCAGUCGCAUGCCAAUCCCAUAAUUAAUUUUUCUAAAGUGACAACUGAUGCUGCUAAAGACGUUAUUCAGUUUGUAAGAACUUUAAGUCUGAUGAAAGUAACAAGUAACAACCAAGUUCUACAAGAUAAUCAAGAACAAAUCAAAACGUUAGUUGAAAAAAUGAAGCUAGACCAUAAUACUCUUUUAUUAGAGAUUAUCGAGAAGAAAAAUAGCUUAGAUAUAUCAGAGAUAUCUAAAUUAAAAGAAGAUUAUGAGCUUGUUAUCAAAGCAUUUCAUAUUGUUGAGGAGGCCGCUGAAAUGCUAAACAAUUCAACGAAAGAAAUACAAAAAUCUCAUGAAACUUUUACCAUUGUAAAAAUUAUGGAAGCUAUUCGUGCUACGGAGGCUUCAGAACAAGCACACAAAGACAUGGUGGAAGCAUUAUCAGAUUUUAAAAAUAAGAUUUCAAAUUUCAAACAGGAAUUUAUGGCUUCAGAAGAUGAAAAAAGAGAAUUUAAAGAAGAGGUUCUGAAGGAAACAAAGCUGUCAGCUCUGAACGUUAGAAAGCAAUUUAGAAUGGCUAUCGCCAAAGCUGGACAAACUGCAUCAUUUGCAAAAGAAACAGUGGAACUAUUGUCAGAUUUAAAGAAGGGAAUAAAUAUUGUUAAAAAAAAUACGGUGCUGGAAAAUGACACAUACAAACUGUUGGUUUUUAAAGAAAAGUGUGUGGAUGAAAACAACUUAGCCAUAACAUUCACAAGAUGUGUAACAGAAUUUUUAACUGGUCUUAAGACAUCAUUCUGUAACAAGAAACUCAAGAAACAAAAGUAUAUUAAAUGCAGUUGUUGUUGCUGUCCAUAUCGACUCUACUUAGGGAGAAUAUUGUCCGUCCUACUCUCUUCCAUUGUUUUAGUGCCUCUUAUAUUUAUUGCCCUUGAAUACAAAAACAACGAGAAGGCGGACUAUAAAAUACUAUGUGAGACUUAUAAAAACAAAGGCUACACUUGCCCGUUUAAUGUCCAAGAAAUACCAAGAGAAUUGACCUACACAGUGUUUGGUGUCUACGCACUUUUCAGUGUCCUUUAUUUGAUUCUUCCAUUGAAUUGUUUAACAAUGAUAGUCUGCCAUCUACCUGGAUGCUGCAGUAAAAGCAAACAAGCAGCAAGCAAUACCUUAAAAAUUGUAUUUAAUUUGCUGUCUCAAUUCUCAAUUUAUUUGACUUGGGGUCUUUCCCUCUAUACUGUGUUUUAUUUCAUUCUAAGUGUUGUGGUGCUAUCAUCCAGCACAAAGAACAAAUUGGAUGAUUUAGUCCUUACUUUCUUUCCAUUGGCUGUAAUAGUGUAUGAAUACAUUCAGAAUGUUACAAAUAAAUACAAGGUCAUCACAGAAAAAAUUAUUAAUCUGCUACGCACGGUCCCUGAGUUUAAGUGUCUACCUAGCAAUCACAGUGGUAAUGAGGCAGUUCUUUUACCAGGCGCGACCACGAACGUUAAGGCUAGAAUUAAAAACUAUGGAUGUAGAAGGCGUCUAAAAGUGAAUCGACCUUUGAUUUUUGUUCAAACUGAUGGACAUGUUUUGAUUAGUAAAAGAUUGGUUGCAAUGAUUUACAACGAGUCCCCCAGUUGUAUGUUCCUUGAGCUUAGUGCAUAUCUGAAGGCUCUGAUGUUUUGCAUAUUGCCAGCGCUAGUGUAUACAAGUUUGUUGUUCGUUCUAAUCACCUACCUCUCCAUCUUCACCUAUUCCAACGAUGUGGCUGGGUACGUGGUGAGUGCGGCCACAUAUCUACAGUUUGUCAAAUACAAAGCUGAAAACUUUCUCAGAGACCUUUUCAUUAAAGGUUCAACAGCUGAUCCCAAGUUUGUAGAAAAUGUAAGAAAACAAUUAAAUUCCUUUAAUGAAUCCUGGAUAGUUUCUGAAGAAAGCAAAGACCUUCAGCAAACACAAGAUACAAAUAUGACUGCAGGAUCUCUACAAGCGUCCAGAACUGGUAAUAAUACAGGGCGCCUAGAAGAGCAACACACAUAUACUAAUGCAGCACUUCAGCAUGAUACCACUUCAGCAGUUUAACACGUGCACCGUAGAGAUAUAAGCGCAGUAAGUUAAAAAGUGCAUCGAACAACAGAUAUCGAUGUCGGAAAUCAAGAAGUGCUAAAAGAAACAUAUAUUAAUGCUGGAAAUCAAAAUGUGCAAUAAACAGAUAUAUAAUGAUAGCUGUCAGCUUUAGCACUAACUAGAUAUCAAUGCAGAAUCUCAACAUCUGCACAAAACAGAUUUAAAAUGUGGAACUUUUACAAGUAAAAUAACGUCAUUGAUAGUGACAACGCAGAGAAUAUAUGUAAAAAAAAAACAUAUAUAUAUAUCUACACAGAGAGAAAAAGAGAGAGAGAGAAGGGGGGGGGGGGUUGCGAAUACAUUUUUCUUUAUGUAAUUAUAACCAACCCUGUCACACGUAAUGUUUGUGACUCUGUUCCAAACCAAUGUUACUUGGGUGCGACAUUGCAUGUUUGGAGACAUACUUCCACAACUUCAUGCCUAUCCCUGUAGUAUCUGAAAAAUAAAAUUAUUUGGAUACAUAGAGGGCAAUAUUUUGUCUUCAUAAGAGCCGAGAUGAGUUGUUCCAGUUUGGCAUUCGUAUUUAUUUCUAUUACAGAGGUUCUAAACCAUUUUCAGGUCGGCAAACCCUAUUUAUUAUUUAAGUCAUUGGUUAAUAUGCAUGACUGAAUGAAUGACGCGUAGGGCGUAAUCAUCUUCUUAUUUGAAGUAACGUCUGUAUUUCUGUAUUAUAUAAGAUAGAUAAGAUAUUAACCUACUUAUCAAAAUAAAAAAAGUAUAUUUUUGUUCAUACACCUGUGCUUUUUCUAAUUGAAAAAAAAAUUUAAUCAUAUUGUAAAUGUCUGAUGUGUAUUGCUAAAACUUUAUGUCAAAUCACAAAAAUAUGUAUAUUUGUCGUCAUAAUUCUGUUGCUGUCAACUUUGUUUAUAAUAAAAAUUACAAAUACAUUAAAUUUUAGCUUUAAAUGUCAAGCAUUUAUUUAUAUUUUCCGUUGCAUAUUUACCAUAUUUAUGUUGCAUAAUAAUGUUACAAUGUCAAAAGCAUUGCGGAGCCUAAGGCUCACGCACAGUGAUGCGAUAUCUAACAGUAUGGGAAAACCUUUUUUUGUUCACAAUAAUAUGUUAUUAGAAAUGGAAGAAGAAGGCUCAACAAAAGGCAGUUGCGUCACUUGGGGGUGUGGAAAGUGCGGGCUGAACCGUGUGACCGUGGGUACACCAAGGGGUGACAACCGAGUAGACAAAAAUGCACUUCUUAAAAUACAGUGAGUUACGGUAGCUAGAUAUCCAAACAUACUUAUUCACUUAUAUCUACAUUGUAUGUAUAAAUAUAUAUCUACAUUAUAUAGUAUUACUUUCGGCACAAUUGUAAAAAACGUGACAUAAUUGCAACAAAAAAAAGAGGAGGGGGAGUAAACGAACCCAACAUUUGAAGCUGCGAAGCUUUGAGAAACACUUAGAUUUAGUCCCUUGCGUGCCGUUAGGUGCAGAUGACGCAAGUUUUCUCACAGAUACCUCUAAGGCAGGGGUUUUAACCUGUGGAUCGCAACCUCUUUGGGGGUCGAAUGACCAUUUCCCAGGGGUCGCCUAAGACCAUCGGAAAUUUCGUUUCUUUUUUUUUCUUGUCUAUCUUUCAUUGUAAGUUGUCAUACGAUUUUUUAGUGUUGUAAAAAGCACAUUUGUGCCAUAGAUGGUAUACAUUAAAAAAUUAUUAUUUUUUAAAUUUAUUUUAUACUAAAUAAAAUUACAUAAAGAUUUUGCUAUGUAUAUAUAUCAUGGAUGUCAGAUACUCAUAUAUGUAUUUAAAAUUUGAUUAUGAUUUUAUAACAUUAGGAAAAACACAUUUAGGGUCUACCUAGGCCUAUGAACGAUCAGUGAUUGAUACUUUUCAUAGUGAUUCGCUAUGGAGCCUAUCGAACGCUUUUUUUUUUUCAAUCCACAAAAAUGAUCCACAGCCUUUGUUUUCCAGGCUUCGCUUGAUGAUGGUUCAAGGGACACAAAUCUGUUUAGAUGCAUGAUCUGUUUCUUAAGAAGCAGUUGUGAAACAUUAGUUUAAUCAGUAGCGUUGUUCGUGAGGAGGUCUCUGAAAACUUUCAAUUCAGAAACGUUUUGAACUAAUUUCUAGUUUAAAAGCAAUUUUACAUUUUUAAUUAUAUAAUAACUAAAAAAAAGCUACGGAAACUAGUGUCAGCUUUUCAUGAAAAUAUGCAAGACACCGUACAGUCUGACAGUUCCGCCUCUAGGCCAUUCUCCAUCAAGAGCGGAGUAAAACAAGGAUGUGUUCUGGCUCCAACACUAUUCGGCAUCUUCUUUUCAGUUGUACUCACCAGCGCUUUUAAAUCCCUGGAAGAUGGAGUAUAUGGGGGUGGGGCGAUCACCACCGCCCCCACCCUUGUAUUCGCCAGUGUAUAUACAUAUAUGUAUAUAUAAUUAUUAUUAUUAUUACUAUUAUUAUUGUUAUUAUUAAAUAUACAUUGUCCUUUAUUCUGAUA